ACCCAGCUGUGUGUCCAUGAAGAGUGACUGGUCAAUGGAUAAAAAUAUAGACUUCAGAGAGGGAGAUUAUUCUCCUGAACAAAGAACCCAACAGGAGACAUCAGAGUCAGAGAUUCUCAGUGGUCAGUCUUCCCAGAGUCAUCAAACAGACCUGGCCUCUAUAUUCAGUUUGCUUGAAGAGAAUUUGAUGACAUUUGUGAACAACGAGCUGAAGAGGUACAAGAGGAUUCUUAGUCCAGAAUUCCCAGAAGGCUUUGAGAGUCAGAAGCAGGAUAAGGAAGUGGAUGCUGAAGAUGAGAAGCAGGAGAGCAGUGCCAGAGAGGGGGCUCUGAAGAUCACACUGCACGUCCUGAGGAAAAUGAACCAGAAGGAGCUUGCUGACACACUGGAGAAAAAUGAGCUUGCUGUGAUUUGCCAACGUGAACUCAAAUCUAAUCUAAAGAAGAAGUUUCAAUGUGUAUUUGAGGGGAUCGCUAAACAAGGAAACCCAACACUUCUCAAUAAGAUCUACACAGAGCUCUACAUCACAGAGGGUGGAACAGGAGAGGUCAAUAAUGAACAUGAGCUGAGACAGAUUGAGACAACAACCAGGAAACAAGCAAGAGCAGAGACUGCAAUCAAAUGUAACGACAUCUUCAAACCCUUAACUGGACAAGACAAACGUAUCAGAACUGUGCUGACAAAGGGAGUCGCUGGCAUUGGAAAAACAGUCUCUGUGCAGAAGUUCAUUCUGGACUGGGCUGAAGGAAAAGCAAAUCAGGAUGUCCAAUUUGUAUUUUCAUUCCCUUUUCGGGAGCUGAAUUUGAUGAAAGGGGAAAAACACACUUUGAUUGAACUUCUCAAUCACUUCUCAAUGGAAACCAAAGAAUCAAGAAUCUCCAACUACGACAAGAACAAAGUUCUGUUCAUCUUUGAUGGUCUGGAUGAGUGCCGACUGCCCCUAGACUUCCAGAAGAACAAGAUCUGUUGUGACGUCACAAAGUCAACCUCAGUGGAUGUUCUGCUGACAAAUCUCAUCAAGGGAAACCUGCUUCCCUCUGCUCUCCUCUGGAUAACUACCCGACCUGCAGCAGCCAAUCAGAUCCCCCCUGAGUGUGUUGAUCAGGUGACAGAGGUACAAGGGUUCAAUGACCCACAGAAAGAGGAGUACUUCAGGAGAAGAUUCAGUGAUGAGGACCUGGCCAGCAGAAUCAUCUCACACAUAAAGACAUCAAGGAGCCUCCACAUCAUGUGCCACAUUCCAGUCUUUUGUUGGAUUUCUGCAACAGUCCUUGAACACAUGCUGACACAUAAGACAGAAGAGAUGCCCAAGACUCUGACUGAGAUGUACACACACCUUGUGGUGUUUCAUACCAAACAGAAGAAUGAAAAGUAUCUUGGGAAAGAAGAGAGGGGUCCAGACUGGAAUAAAGAGAGCAUUCUGUCACUGGGAAAACUGGCUUUUCAACAGCUUGUGAAGGGCAAUCUGAUUUUCUAUGAAGAAGACCUGAAAGAGUCUGGCAUUGAUGUCAAUGAAGCCUCAGUGUACUCAGGAUUGUGCACACAGAUCUUUAAAGAGGAAUGUGGGCUGUACCAGGACAAGGUGUACUGCUUCGUGCAUCUGAGCAUUCAGGAGUUUCUGGCUGCUGUAUAUGUGUUCCUUUCAUUCAGCAACAACAAUGAAAAUCUAAUGGCCGAACCUCAAACAACAUCCAGCAACGAUUGUCUACUGAAGCCAGAAGUUACUGUCUACAAGAGUGCUGUGGAUAAAGCCUUACAAAGUGAGACGGGAAACCUGGACCUUUUCCUCCGCUUCCUUCUGGGCCUCUCACUGGAGUCCAAUCAGAAGCACUUACGAGGUCUACUGACAACGAAAGGAAGCAGUUCACAGAGCCAUGAAGAAACAGUCAAGUACAUCAAGGAGAAGAUCAGUGAGAAUCCCUCUCCAGAGAGGUGCAUCAAUCUGUUCCACUGUCUGAAUGAACUGAAUGACCAUUCUCUAGUGGAGGAGAUCCAACGCUACCUGAGAUCAGGAAGUGUCUCCAGUGAUGAACUCUUACCUGCACAGUGGUCAGCUCUGGUCUUUGUGUUGCUGACUUCAGAAAAGGAGCUGGAUGCGUUUGACCUGAAGAAAUACUCCAGAUCAGAGGAAGGUCUUCUGAGGCUGCUGCCAGUGGUCAAAGUCUCCAGAGCUGCUCUGCUGUCAGGCUGUGGAGUCACAGAGGAAGGCUGUGCUUCUCUGGUCUCAGCUCUGAAGUCAAACCCCUCAAACCUGAGAGAGCUGGACCUGAGUAGCAAUGACCUGAAGGAUUCAGGAGUGAAGCUGCUCUCUGCUGGACUGCGGAAUCCCAACUGUAAACUGGAGACUCUGAGGCUGUCAGGCUGUCAAGUCACAGAGGAAGGCUGUGCUUCUCUGGUCUCAGCUCUGAAGGCAAAUCCCUCACACCCAAGAGAGCUGGAUCUGAGUAACAAUGACCUGAAGGAUUCAGGAGUGAAGCUGCUCUCUGCUGGACUGGGGAAUCCCCACUGUAAACUGGAGACUCUGAGGCUGUCAGGCUGUCUAGUCACAGAGGAAGGCUGUGGUUCUCUGGUCUCAGCUCUGAAGUCAAACUCCUCACACCUGAGAGAGCUGGAUCUGAGUAACAAUGACCUGAAGGAUUCAGGAGUGGAGCUGCUCUCUGCUGGACUGGGGAAUCCCCACUGUAAACUGGAGACUCUGAGGCUGUCAGGCUGUCUAGUCACAGAGGAAGGCUGUGCUUCUCUGGUCUCAGCUCUGAGGUCAAACCCCUCACACCUGAGAGAGCUGGACCUGAGCUACAAUCACCCAGGAGACUCGGGAGUCAGACUGCUCUCUGCUGGGCUGGAGGAUCCAAACUACAGACUGGAGAAACUCAAUGUGGAACAUGGUGGAGAGUACACAAUGAAACCUGGGCUUAGAAAAUAUGCCUGUGAUCUCACCCUGGACCCAAACACAGUAAACAGACUCCUCUUUCUGUCUGAGGAGAACAGAAAGGUGACAUGUGGGAGAAAGAAGCAGCCGUAUCCUGAUCACCCAGAGAGAUUUGAGGUCUGUAGACAGGUGCUGUGUAGAGAGGGUCUGACUGGGCGCUGUUACUGGGAGGUAGAGUGGAGUGGGGGAUGGCCGGUUAUAGGAGUGACAUAUAAAGGAAUCAACAGGAGAGGAGGGGGUAAGGACUGUGGACUCGGAUGGAAUGACAAGUCCUGGAGUCUGUUCUGCUCUGACAACAGUUACACUGCCAGGCACAAUUGUAAUACCACUCUCAUAGAUGUCCCUUCCUCCGGCUCCCACAGAGUAGGAGUGUAUCUGGACUGGCCAGCCGGCACUCUGUCCUUCUACAGAGUCUCCUCUGACUCACUGACCCACCUGAACACAUUCUACACCACAUUCACUGAGCCCCUCUAUUCAGGGUUCUGGGUUUAUGAUGACUCUUCAGUGACCCUAAUCAAACACAACACAAUAUUUUAAUAAAAUAUAAAAUAAGAAUAUAAAUAAAUAAAUAUAUAACUCUGUCCUCACACACACUGGAAACACACACACACACACACUGGACACACACACACAGACACACAUACUGGACACACAUACUGGACACACACUGGACACACACACAAACUGGACACACACACACACACAAACUGGACACACACACUGGAAACACAGGACACACACACACAAAAUGGACACACACACAUGCAAACACACUGGACACACACACACUGGACACAAACUGGACACACCCGACACACACACACUGGACGGACACACAGGACACACACACACCUUGUACACACACACAUACACUGAAUACACACACACACCAGUUUGGGCCAGUUUAUUCCUGUAAAUACACUGAACUAAAAUAUAAAGUCAACAUGUAAAGUGUUGGUCCCAUGUUUCAUUCCUCUGAAAUAAAAGAUCCCUGAAAUGUUCCAUACACACAAAAAGCUGACAUGUUUUACAGCCCUGUUAGUGAGCAUUUCUCAUUUGCCAAGAUAAUCCAUCCACCUGACCACUGUGCCAUAUGAAGAAGCUGGUGUCAUGUUUGCUGAUGUAAACGUUGUGAACAGAGUGGCCCAUGGUGGCAGUGAGGUUAUGAUAUGGGGAAUCAUAAGCUACGGACAAUGAACACAAUCGCAAUUUAUAUGCACAGAGAUACCAUGAUGAGAACCCAUUGUUGUAUCAUUCCUUUGCCUCCAUCCCCUCAUGUGUCAGCAUGAUAAUGCACGGCCCGAUCGUGGUCGCAAGGAUCUAUACACAAUUCCUGGAAGCUGAAAAAAUAAAAUAUAUUUUCCAUGGCCUGAGAACUCACCAGAUAUGUCAGCCGUUGAGCAUGUUUGGGAUGCUCUGGACAGACGUGUACGACAGCGUGUUCCAGGUCCUGACAAUAUCCAGCAACUUUGCACAGCCAUUGAAGAGGAGUGGGACAACAUUCCAAAGGCCACAAUCAACAGCCUGAUCAACUCUAUGUAAAGGAGAUGUGUCGCAAUGCAUGAGGCAAAUGAUGAUCACACCAGAUACUGACUGGUUUUCUGAUCCACAAUCCUACUUUUAUACUAAGGUAUCUGUGACCAAUAGAUGCAUGUCUGUAUUCCCAGUCAUGUUAAAUUUGUAGAUUAAGGCCUAAUGAAUUUAUUUUCAAUUGAAUGUAACUCAGUAAAAUCUUUGAAAUUGUUGCCAGUUGCGUUUAGAUUUUAGAUCAGUAUAAUACAAAUGAGCAGUUUAAAAUGUUUUAGGUUUAUGAUGUUAGUAACACGAAGUAAUUCCAUACUUUCACUAAAGAUCUAAAGUAACUUUUUAUUGACA